CAGAAUCCCAUUAAUUGUCAUCAUUUCGGCGCAUCGCUUCCAGUGACUCGGAACUGAAGCUUACUGCAACUGGUGAAGUUAGGAACAGUCCUUUAUUUAAGUUUCCUUUCUCCGGUAGGUCACUUUUGCUUGAUAUUUUUAACGUUUCCGACUGUUGUGUGACUAUUUUAGAGUUUAUGCUGUUUGUGAAUGUCGGGACACCGCUUAUCAUGUUUAACAGCGCUUUUCACGGUUUAUGGAAACCCCAAGCGAGCGAUUAAGCUUCUGUGAUUAAAUGCGAGAAAAAGCUGAGCCGGGAAUGAGUUUUCCGGAUGUAUUAACAUCGGGUAGUUGAUGAAUAGGAUAACCUUAAAUCAUACAGCAGGGAGUUCUUUGUUUAUGGAAGUGAUUACAAAUAUUUAUCACUCAUGGGUUUUUCCUUAACGUCAGGCAUAGCCGGAAAGCAGAAACACAUCUUGAGUGCAAAUUAGACCACAUAACUUGAAGCUUGGGGCUAAAUUUUGCCAACAGUUUUGAACCCAAUGAAUUCGAUUCUUUCGGUUGGCAAGGACGAGCCCCCUAGCAUUGGACAGCGCAGAAACUCGCACAGCCUAGUUUCCAAGGUAGCCACAAUUAUUCUAAGAGAUUCCUUUCUCUUUGUCGGAAAAUACGUAGAACUACUCUUCUACUUUCUCAGUCAAAGCAUGCACGAAUGCAAUACACUGUGUACAAGACCCGGAAAUAUUUCACUUCCUACUUCCGGUCUCCUUUUAGGGAGCUACACUGUUACAGGCGUUGAACGGAAGUAUCACGAUAAAUUGAUUGAAAAUUUUUUUCUGUUGUAGAAGCGCCGAAGAAUUUAACAGUUCACGAUCCCGCGGGAACAGCUGUGUUCCCGGAUCUCCUAAUUACAGUAAACGGUUAGACUGAAGUUUUUAUAAUCCAUGUAUGUUUUAUCGAAAUAGACGUAAGAAUAUCAACAAAUAGGCAUACUUCUGCAUGGAGUUCAGCCCAUACAAGUAACAUACAUGUCGUAAGGAGCCACGUCACCUAUUUGUAGUCUUUUGCAUAACCAAAACUGAAAGCGAUAUUAUUAUCAAGUUGGGGGCUCCCCGCGGAACACUCUCUGAUUUAAUCGCAUGAUUAUCCAGCCUCUUCGGAACGAUAUAUAUACAUACCUUAUUAUAGGAAAUUAACGCUCCAUGAAAUUAAGGUAUUGGAAAUAAACGCGACUUAAAUUAACGCGAAUUUAAUGGCAAACGACUUUCGAAUAAAGAAAAUUAACGCGAAAGAGGAGGUAGAAUUUCAUAAUAAAGGAAAUUAACGCGAUUAAUUAAGCGAAAUCAAAGGAGAAGAUAUUGACAUCACUUCUGACAGCGAUAACGAUGAAGAUGAACUCGAAACAUUGUCAACCUUCGCCUCAGCUUUUGUUAAAGAUGAAAAAUAAAGGGUAAAUGGAAAGAAAGAAAGCUUGUAGUUAAUGUUUUUUAGGUGUCAAGAAUGUCUGGACAGGUUCCAAAAUUGGCGUUAAAAUACUGGAAGUUAAGAGUGCGGAAAUUAAUGCUGCACUUAAUUGACGUCGCGGAAAUUAACGUUCAACAAAAUUAACGUGACUUAUAAAUUAACGCGAAUUUUAACGAUUCGCGUUAAUUUCAUGGAGCGGUUAAUUUCCUAUAAUAAGGUUUUUUUUUUUCGGGGGUGGGGCGGGGGCGAUCAUUUAUUAUUUUCGGUUGGUUGAGGAUUUCCCUUGGGUUUGUUUUGCCUCAGACAUUAGUUCACUUCAAAAACUGAUCUUUUUUUUUCAUUGUAUUACUGUCAUUUCGUGGACUUGUUCGUUGAUGCUCUUUGAGGUUAAAAUUCCUUUUCAUAUUUCACUGCUUAAACGCAAGUCUGUGAAACUGGUUUAGAUCGGGAGCCAACGAAUUCAAAUUCGUUCGUGAAUUUUCUACAUCUUUUUUAUUGACGUGGGGUGGUGUGUUAAAAUCUUAAGCACAGCCCUGAAAUCGAACACAGCUUUAUUUGCAAUACAUUUUACAGGCUAGCUUGUGUCUGUGUCGUAUUUCAUUCUCAUCGCUCUUUUCGUAAUGAUUCAUAAGCCUUGUUCACCCUAGCAACGCGUGCGACGUAGUCUUAAUCGCAAUAGUAAUCGUAAACAAAACAGUGUUAAUAAAUCCGAUUCUUCUGAGUUGUGAAUAAAUCCGAUCUACUGUAAUCAGAUUGUUGGCAGUGCUUGUUUAUUGUUUACUUCGCCGUUUCGGAAAUUUUAAUGCGACCAUAGCCUCCCCGCAGACGUCCUUUGGGGUUCGUUUGUCACGCAUGCGUGACAAACGAACCCCAAAUCCGGUUAUGGAUAUUUUGUCAGUUGUUAGCUUUAUCUGUGUGAAUCAGUAAUACUUACGACUCCGCUUGCAAUUACAUUGAAUCGGUNGGUUUUUUUUUUUCGGGGGUGGGGCGGGGGCGAUCAUUUAUUAUUUUCGGUUGGUUGAGGAUUUCCCUUGGGUUUGUUUUGCCUCAGACAUUAGUUCACUUCAAAAACUGAUCUUUUUUUUUCAUUGUAUUACUGUCAUUUCGUGGACUUGUUCGUUGAUGCUCUUUGAGGUUAAAAUUCCUUUUCAUAUUUCACUGCUUAAACGCAAGUCUGUGAAACUGGUUUAGAUCGGGAGCCAACGAAUUCAAAUUCGUUCGUGAAUUUUCUACAUCUUUUUUAUUGACGUGGGGUGGUGUGUUAAAAUCUUAAGCACAGCCCUGAAAUCGAACACAGCUUUAUUUGCAAUACAUUUUACAGGCUAGCUUGUGUCUGUGUCGUAUUUCAUUCUCAUCGCUCUUUUCGUAAUGAUUCAUAAGCCUUGUUCACCCUAGCAACGCGUGCGACGUAGUCUUAAUCGCAAUAGUAAUCGUAAACAAAACAGUGUUAAUAAAUCCGAUUCUUCUGAGUUGUGAAUAAAUCCGAUCUACUGUAAUCAGAUUGUUGGCAGUGCUUGUUUAUUGUUUACUUCGCCGUUUCGGAAAUUUUAAUGCGACCAUAGCCUCCCCGCAGACGUCCUUUGGGGUUCGUUUGUCACGCAUGCGUGACAAACGAACCCCAAAUCCGGUUAUGGAUAUUUUGUCAGUUGUUAGCUUUAUCUGUGUAAAUCAGUAAUACUUACGACUCCGCUUGCAAUUACAUUGAAUCGGUGGACACCAGAUGGGAAGCAUCGUUAUCACAACGAAACUUGUCGGUAACGGGGCUGCUCAAGGCAGUGCUUACGAUAACGAUUUCUUAUAAACAUUAGGUUUUAACGCUCCGCACGAUUACGCUUAGUUUUACUACGCUCGUGUGAACCAGGCUUUAUACUAUCAGAUCCUUUGCUUUGUCCAAAAUGUUAUUAAGUUGGACUUAGCAAUGGCGAAUCAAACUAGCCUUUCUACGUCGUGUCAUUUUCACAUUUGUGUUUAUAUUAGCAGUCAUUGCUUUCGAUCAUUUGAAUCCUCAAGAAAACCGAUUUUGCAAUAUUCAUUUUUUUAAUUAUACCAGCAUUUCUUUAGAGCAUUUCAUCUCCUGUAGGGAGGGUGCCUGGGUACACACACACACACGCACACACACUACAUACAUACAUACAUACAUACAUGCAUGCAUGCAUGCAUGCAUGCAUGCAUGCAUGCAUGCAUGCAUACAUACAUACAUACAUACAUACAUACAUACAUGCUAUAUUAAACCUCCCCAAAGAGCUUUUCCGGAACAAUUAAAAAACACCAAUCAAUCCAUCCGUUCAUCCAUCUGUCCAUCAAUCAAUCCAUCCAAAAAAUAAAUAAGUAAUUUAAACAAUACCUAUGAAAUAUGUACAUAUAUAGACAUAUACACUGUAACUACAGUAUGGUUAAAUAGUAAAAUAAUAUUAUUGCGUUCUCGUACCUCGAACGCAACCCCUAAUUUGUGUUGGGUGUUCUGUGCAUUAUUGGGUAACCUGUGCAAUAAAUAAGGAAGGUUUUUUUGAGAUUCCAUUUAUGUUCGUCGUCGUCGUCGUAACCUGAGAUUUGACUCUAUUUUCGUUUCGCUUUGUAAAUAACAUUCCGGCGGGCAUGGCGAAACAAAAAGACAGCCUGAUACAAACCUUCUACGAAACGUCUGCCGCCCACUUUUUUGAUUGAUUGACAUUUGCCGAAUCAGCCAACCAAAAUUACUUUCGUUGCUUGUUUUUCUAGUAUGCAAAUUGUUCACGCGUGGGAAAAAUGCAGACUGGCUGACUUAAAAAAUAGCUUUUAUCUCUUGAUUUUUUCAGCUAAAAAUAAAACAGUCAGCACAAUCACAUUUAACUUCUUGCGAGAUUAAGGGAGACCUCGAAGGUUAUUUCAUUUGGCGUAGAAGGUAAAAAGUUUUCGAAAAGACGACGACACGAUGUUCUACUAGUGUUAUUAUUUUGGCUGGGCGCGCUCGAAUUUAAAUACUGAAAUCUCUAUUUUUCCGUUGCCUUAAUAUUUUCCUCGGCAAUUUCCCCCGAUUUUCAGGACAUAAAUCUUUAAAAACAAAAGCAAACAGCCAACGAGCGAGGACACUAGUUUUCUUGGUUUAUUUUUUACAAAAAGCGAAGGCAAACAGCCAGUCUGUUAACGCUGAAAAUUCCUUGAACAGCGAUGCGAUAGUUUUCGUCUAAUACUUCACAGUUGCGAUUGAGGUUUCUUUCGCAGUGAGCCUUCGCUUGCGUACCCCGUUCAGCGAAGUCAUUCCCUGCUAAACUUUCAAAUGAAACCAGUUUUAAGAUGGGCAGUAUUUUGAUUUGCACCCGUUUGUUGGUAAAUCAAAAUGCACCUUGUUAGCGGUCAACAACUUGCAGAGGGAUUCAACUCCGCGAUACACUCACUUUCCGUAAAUAAAGCAAAUCCUGAGAAGAUACGAACAACCAUAUGAAUUUUCUGAAUUUCCAUGGCACAUAUUAAGGCAUAUUUUCCUACCAUAAGACCAUAAAACAAUAAAAAAGACGGCAAAAUCGAUCCUUCUCUCCGCCGACGACGGAUCAUUGACGAAAACAACCACUCGAGGAAUAAGCGCUUUCAACUUCCGGCGUUUCCGACAGCCAAUCAGAUCUUGUGGCAUUGUUCUAACAGCCAAUCAGCGUUACGGCCAAAAUCUGGCCGUAACGAGCACAAACGUGAAUGAGUUUGUAUCAGGCCCAAUUUGAGCGGUUGCCGUUAGAGAGAAUGUAUGAGAACCGCUCAAAUUGGGCCUGAUCUCAGGUUAUCGUCGUCGACACACAUUUGCCUCGCUUUGAGGCGCUUGCUUAAGUUGUGCCUCACUUUGACGCGCUAACUCAUGUGGUGAUUCUUGUGUCCUCGGCGUUCAUCUUUCAAAGGUUUGCUAAGGUCUGAUAUUCUUCGUAAAGCGUUCAUCUUUUAAAAAGUUUGCUGAAUCUUCGUAAAGCGUACAUCGAUCUGUGAUUGCUGAAUCGUCCAAAACGUUCAUCUUUCAGGAGUUUGCUGUUAAAUUUUACUUUGGAUUAAGCCUUCAUAUUUUUCAGCAUGGUUCGUCACUGUCUUUGGAAAACGUCUGCGACUACUAGUGCAUGCAUCAAACCGGGUUUAGUUCGGCGGUCGUUAUGCCACAAAGUAAAUUUACCGAGUUGUGUAGCUCGGCGGCCGUUUUGUCACAAAGUAAAUUUACGAGUUGUGUAGCUCGGCAGCCGUUUUGCCACAAAGUAAAUCUACCGAGAUGUGAAGCUCGGCGGCGCCAUUUGACCAUGACUUGUGAUAUUUUCGGCACCGGACAAACGAACACUUUAACUCUAUUUUGUUUAUUACGAAAAACUUAUAAAUCAGCCCACAGUAGCGCCACUCUCGAGUCACUGAAAUCAACGCGCUAGACCAAAUUACUGGAAAAGUUAUUGACGUGAGCCGCACACACGUUCCAUUGAAGGCUUUGAUAGGGUUAGUGCGAAGUUUGAAUUCAGAUGUGAAAGCUUUUAAACCAGUAAAUUCAAUGUAAUUCAUUUUGUCAACAAGUUGAUGAUUGAUGCUGUUAAAAAUAACAGAGAAAAUUAUCCGAAGAAAUGUUUUUGAAGAAAGAAAAAGAAUCCCGGGUUAAGAACUAAUCGGCCAUUGAGAAACUGCGCCCUGUAACUCGCGCCAGUAAAACAAAAUGUUCCAUUUACACGUCCGACGCUGGCCAAUGUCUCCUCCGAUUAAAAGCACUUGGCACCGAACCAUACGAUAUCUUUUGAAAACGUUCUUAAAAUGAUACACAGUUUAAAUAGAGGUUUCUCUGUACGCAACCCUUACGUUCAAAAUAUGUCAUAAUCAUAUUUAUCUACAUCGCAACCAUCCUUCCACCUCAACAAACAUAUCGAACGCACUCUCCUAAGCUCUGAUUACUCCUAGUAAUAUUUAUAGAAUAUUAAAAGAGAAAUGACAAGUGCUAAUUCAUCAGAUUUAAGAAUCUAAGAAUUCUUUGAGCAGCUUACGUUUUAAAACCUUCUUAGAGAUUGCCACUGUGCUCCUGAGUUAGAAAUUAGAUUCUAAGGAAUUCCAAAUGCUGACAGUUCGAUGAUGAAAAGUUCUUUGACCGGAGGCGGUUUUAAAAAGUGGGAUAUUCAAUAAAUGGGAAUUCCUGGUAGGGUAAUUGCUAACGUUAGUCGGGGAAUGCACAUGCAAUCAGGCCAAUCCCCUCCCCUGUAUUCUGUGAAGGGAGGGGAGGGACGGCAAGGGUUGAAGUUCGGGAAUGCCCUCAGGAAUUUCCUCUUUUAAAGCAAAUGAUCAAAGAUUGGGCCAACUUGAGAGCGUGCCGUGAGUUCAGUCGGAGUGAGCUAGUGUUUCUUUAUGGACAGGGAACAUUAUCUUAGAGAAGGUCUCUGCUUCCUGGAGAUUAGAUCUCGUUAUUUUUUAUUCUCAAUAUAAUUUGGGUUUUAAUGAAACUUGGAGGCAACGUUUUUUGCCUUGCAGACCUAAUGCAUUGUUAACCCGGCAACAUGACGACACUUCGGGUUUUCGUGAAAACUUGUUCGGAAGCAACUGGUUGGCUGGAGUUAGGUCGUGGGGGUUCUGUUACAGCUCAUAUCCCCGUGAGGAACCACGAAAAUUUAAUAAGGAUUCAAAAGAAAUUUGCUGGAUGGAAGGUUGAACUGUCCCGCACACAUCCGGGAUUUGGGAAACCGUACUUAAUGCUACUGACAAAUGAAAACAAGGUUUGUAGAAAUUGCGUCAGUCAUUGUACUCUUGUAGAUGUAAUAAAUUUUCACGAAUAGCAAGUUUUACUGGUUCGUAUCUCUGUUCCACAAGAAUUAUGAAACAUUUUUCCUCGAAAAAUUAAUUCCGUUUUUGAAGGAGAUUUUUGAAAUAGCAAUGGAACGAAUUUGCGUAUUGCGUGUGCUGAAAAAGGAAAAUGUGGGUUUCAGAACUCUAAUCAGCCUCGUUUUUUCGGAUAAAGGGAGAUUCACGUUUCUGUGAAAACCCAAAUGUCAGGGCCCUGUUUAGGGCCCUUUAGUCAACUGUGAAAAUUCUGUUACUGGAUUGUUUCCGUCUAUUAGUAUUUCUUUGUCGGGGGGGCUGGUAAUG